CUGAAGUUCCUAGCCGUCACCAGCCAUCUAAUCUCGUUGUACCGGUGUCCCAAUGAAGGUGAGCGUGGUGUUGCGUCGUUCUCUGUUUACCUGAGACACCUGUACCCGUGUUGCAAACGCACACAUUCACGCCCGCCCUCCGGCCGAGAGAGGACGGAAACACGAUUGCUAGCUUACAAGGAUGAAGGGGCUCCCGGUGCUGUCCCUGCUCCUCUGGAUGUGUGCGGUGUACUUUGUGGGCAUCUACCUGUUCGUGGGUGGCUUCCUGCUGGUGAGGCUGGAAGUGAACAGGACCAGCACCUGCGGAGACGUGCUGCAGCCCGGAGAGGAGCCGGUGGACUUCUGCCGCGCACAGCCGCGAUUCCGCAGGGCCGUCCUCCUCAUCAUCGACGCCCUCAAGAUUGACUUCGCCCGGUUUGACCCCAACAACACGGCGCCCCGACCUUAUGAGAACAAGCUGCCUGUGCUGGAAGAGACGGUCUCAUUCAGGCCUUCCCACAGCCGCCUGUACCCUUUUCGUGCUGACCCGCCUACGACCACCAUGCAGAGGAUCAAGGGCUUCACCACUGGCUCCUUGCCCACCUUUGUGGAUGUGGGUAAUAACUUUGCAUCCAGUGCCAUCUUGGAGGACAACCUCAUCCACCAGUUUGGGCAAGUGGGCAAGCGGGUGGUGUUCAUGGGCGACGACACUUGGGAGAAUCUUUUCCCAAAGAGGUUCCACCGCUCUCUGCCCUUCCCUUCCUUCAAUGUCAAGGAUCUGCACACUGUGGACAAUGGGAUCCUCCAGCACCUCUACACAACUAUGGUGGGGGGUGACUGGGAUGUCCUGGUCGCUCAUUUCCUCGGAGUGGAUCACUGCGGUCACAGGUUUGGUCCCGACCACCCGGCCAUGGCCGACAAGCUCACCCAGAUGGACGGAGUCAUCAGGUCUGUGAUUGACCGCCUGGAGAAUGACACCCUGUUGGUGGUGAUGGGAGAUCACGGGAUGACAGACACCGGAGAUCACGGUGGAGAAAGUCAGAAGGAGACAGAUGCAGCUAUAUUCCUCUACAGUCCCUCCCCUCUGUUUCCCACACUGCCAUCCCAGAGUGAACCAGACGUGGUGCCUCAGACAGACCUGGUGCCAACCCUGGCUCUGCUGCUGGGAGUCCCCAUCCCAUACAGCAAUGUGGGGCAGGUUCUCUUGCCUUUAUUCCCUUCUGGGCAGGCAGAAGGCGCAGUUGGGGGUCUCAGCCAGCUGGAGGCACUGUGGAUCAAUGCAAAACAGGUCCACCGUUUCCUAGAGACUUACUCUGGCAUGGCCAAAGACAUCCCACCACAGAGCCUCUCUCAGCUGAAGGAUGAAUUCUCCCGCCUCUCCUCUGAGUACCUCACCACAAUUCGAGAGGGUCGGUCACCCUCCCCACAGCUGGCCGCCUCCCUGCAGGCCUACCUCACCUCUGUCAGAGACACCUGCCGAGCCACCUGGGCUAAAUUCAACCCGCUCAAGAUGGCAGCAGGUUUAGCCAUCCUGGCUUUGGCCUGCUUGAUGUGUUUCGUCCUGUCCGAGCUGUCCCUUGUGCUAAUCAGAGAGAACGGUCCAGGACUGAAAGCCCCGGCUGUCGUGGCACUAACUGCGGGGGGUUGCGCGGCUGCUGGUCAGCUGCUCACACAGGGCUACAUCGAGGUAGCGUGGUGCCUGGCAGCUGCUGCCCUCAGCUCUGAACUUCUCUUUCUCUGGACAGCUCGUCGAUCCAGAACCAUUACUCUCGCAAAGAACGGAUCUAAAGUUCCGAAGUGUACCAGCUGGCUGACCCCACGCCACCUCCUCGUCCCCUCUCUCUUGGUGCCACUCCUCCGCUGUGCCUCCCUGCUCUCAGACAGCUACGUGAUCGCAGAGGGCCGUGCAGUGACCUUUCUGGUGUUCUCUCUGGCGGUCUAUAUUCCCAUCCAUCUCAACUGGGAUGGCCUGCUCUUACCCCCAAGCCAUGACCCUCUGAAGGCUGCAGGGCUCGUGCCUUCAGCAGCCUUGUCCCCAUCGACUGUCAGGAAAGAAAGCAGCACCCUCCUAGCCUGCUUAGGCCUGCUUGUUGGCAGCCUCUACCUCUCGCUCUCCUUCCACGGCUGUCGGGAAGAACAGGGCUCCUGCCAGCCGUCCCCGUUCCUCUCGCCUCUUUCCCGGUUGCAGGACACGCAGCUGAAGAACCUCCACUACGUCCUCUCUGUCUGCUCCCUGGGCUUGUGGACCUAUCUGCUGAGACGCUGCCUCCGCCACUACGGUAACCUCAACUCCUCUGGUGGGACGGUGUUCACGGCGCGCUGGAUCCUACCACUGCUGUCUGUGUGCCUGGGGCUCCACUGGGCUGUUAGUGCCACUCCAGAGGACAGCUUCAGGAAUCUGGCUGAGCUGAUCAGCCUGGCGCAGCUGGCCCUCCCCAGGGCCGCCUUCUUUCUCCUGGGACUGGGGCUGCUCCUGAUCUGGCUUGACCCCCUCACUGUGUUCGUGAAGACCAGGGCCGCAGCCACAGCCAGAGGUGCGUCCCUGCCCCCUCCCCGCUACCGAGCGAGCACCGGCAUCAGCCCCCAAGCCGAGCUGCACCACCUCAUCCCCCAGAUCUACCAGCGCAUGCGUCGCUCCCUGGAUGACGGAGAGCUGAGCGGGGGCGGAGAGGUGGACAGCAGGCCCGCUGUGGAGGCCUACGGACUGGGAACUGUCUACUCUGCCCCUUUGCUGUUGUUUUGUGGCCUGCUGGGAAUUGGUCUGCUGCUGCUGCACCCAGAGGGCAUGGCUCUGUCUUUCCUCCUGCUGCUGCUCGAAAUGGGAGCUCUGUUGCACAUUCACGCUUCAUCCACUACCCUCAGUGGCCUGCAUGGAACACACACUGGUGGCUUCAGUGUGCCCUGGACUCCAGUCGUGCUGUGGUCCCUGGCUGCAACCCAGUUCUUUCAUGCCACAGGUCACCUUCCCACCUUCCCCUCCAUCCAGUGGGGCGCUGCCUUUGUGGGAUUCCCUGAUGGACACACAGGCACCAUACUGCCCGCCUCACUGGUUAUCCUCAACACUUUUGCCUCACACAUCCUGUUUGCAGUGGGUUGCCCCUUGCUGCUGUUCUGGCCUCUGGUGUGUGAGGUACGUGGCAGCAGGGGAGGAAGAGCAUGUGGGGAAGAAGGGGAGGACGCCGUGAUGGAGAUGAGACUGAGAGAAAACCCCCAGCAGUUCAGCUCUGCUCUCCUACAGCUCUCAACACGCUACCUCUUUAUUCUCGGAGCACAGGUCUUUGCUUCGGUCUGUGCAGCUGCUAUCCUCAGGAGACACCUAAUGGUGUGGAAGGUUUUCGCACCCAAGUUAAUGUUCGAGGCCUCAGGGUUCCUGGUGAGCAGCGUGUCGCUGCUGAUCGGGGUCACGCUGGUGCUGAGAGUCGACGUGGCCGUGGGCCGCUGGUUUAAGAGACUCAUCCCCGAUGCGUCCAGGUAGCGACGGCGCUACCACGGAAGCCCACCAGAGCUCACUGCGGCCACAGAGAAAAUAGACAUGGCGGCCACUGUAAAGUUUUUAUAUGGACCUCUCGCGAAAAAAACAUUGCCAUCUGUGUCUAGCAUAAGGAUCCCCACAAACACGCCACGUGAGGUUACCUCUUACUGCGACUCUCGUGAGGGCUAUGUUGUGCAUUGCUGACAGUGAGGCCCACCUCCUUUUCAGCCAGAGGGACUUUAGGACAUCAAAUAUCAGACCGAUCGAAGCUGAGCAUCUGGACUCACAUUAAAGAUGCGCGUUUUUUCAGCGUUAACAUGGUCAACCACCUCCCUCAGCCGAUGAGGUCUGAGGUUUUGGGGGUUCAGAGUCGCACUACGUAGUCGAGAGCGAACAGCAGUGUCUGAAUGUUUCUCCUAAACCCCCCAUUUUGUAACUUACAGUAUGGAUGAAGCCUUCCGAGCCAGACAGUCUUUCAAGUGUAGCGCAGCAGUCAAAAAGCGUCACUGACGACAUGCAGAACGCCGUUUACACUCGCUACACACGCCUGCCACAACCGGCUGACAGCUUCAGCGUUCAAACUACAUCAGCCUUUGAGGGUUUUUUCUCCCCCCUUCAUGACUGAGGCUGACAUACGUGCAACAAAAAUGGCUGAUUUAACGGUUUAAUGUUGGGGGGGUCGAAAUAAUAAUAAAAAAAAAACAAGCAAGAGAAAUGUACACUUAUCAGAGUGAUUUACAUCAUCGUCCUGUGCUCAGCUACAGGAUGACCACUUUAAAGCCAGUCUGCCGCUACUUCACGAUCAACUUUGCAAGCAGCUUGGUGAACUCCAUCUAAGUGCAUUACAGCAUGUCUGUCAUCUAAAUGUCUGCUGGAAGAACUUUUCCAUUCUCUCUCCUUUUUUUUUUUCCUUUUUUUUUUUUUUUUGUAUGUUUUGUAUUUUGAAGAUGUUGAACUAACCAAUGCAUCUGGUUACUGCCAAUUCAUAUUACCAUAACUGUGCAUUUAGGUUUGGUUUUUUUACACAGUUGCGGGUUUUUAAUCUGUCGUGGUCUUUUUAUUUUUAUUUUUUUUGUAGGUUUCUGAUUCCUAGCUCUAAUGGCUAUUUAUAAUUCAGAUUGUUUUUAAUCACUGCUAAUGUUUUUUUAAUCUCAAAUGAAACUUUUGUCUUAAUUAGGCUUCAAACCCCUUUUUUUUCUGGAAUAGGUGCCUACAGUAGCUUUGAGUAAUGCCUUUUCUUAUUUUUUUGUCUAUGUUGUCAUUAAAUGGACAGGGUCAUUAAAUCCAGGAGCUCCACGGUCAGUUUAUUUAUUUGUGCGGGACGUCUGAGCCAGUGUCCGCUGUAAGAUCUUUUACUGUUCUGCAGCUGCAGUCAGCAGCUGAAGCUCAUUAACUAAUGCAUGAUAUGGAAGGGAUGUGGAGCUCAGGUUGAAUUAGCUGCAAUGCAAUAGUACUGCAUUUCUCAGGCUGUUGUAUGGGCGUGACUGGUCGUGCAGAGCAGCUGCUGACAUCAGCACGAGCGAUGGCGCGGCUAGGUUGUAUGAUGUCGGGACUUUUUUUCUGUUCUUAAAUGUUUAAUAUAUAAAUAACUGAUUAAUUAAGAUGAUUUUUUCAUUCUGUGACAAAAUGUAAUAAAACUUUUUUUACAUGA